GCGUGUACAUUCUGCAAACUGGCCUGCAAAACAAAAAUGCGAUGGAUACAAGCACUUGGAUAUAUUGUUGGUCUGACGUCUCGGGGGUGGUACAGCGACGCGGCUGGGCUUAUUAUAUCGCACUUCCCGCAGCACUUCAGCGCGCGCGUGCAAGUCACAUCGCACAUGGUAGAUCGGGCUAAGGGGUAUCCUCCUUGGAUACGCGAGAUGGACGUUGCUUAUGACAGAGCAGCUGGGCGGGCGAAGGUUGUGGUGACCAAAGGCCUCAAUGCCGGGAAAACAUUCCUUCGUUUGUAUGGGUCGAAGAGGGAAUACAUGAUUCGCGAUGGAGAGUAUCCGGCUUGCAGAAGAAGCUACCUAGGAGAAGAAAUGCCAACGCCUGAGCUCCCUCGAACUGCAUCGUUCAAGGAUAUGCAGGUGCUGGAAGGGUUAAUGUGCGAACACUGGGUUCAGGACGAUGGGGUGUCACGGGUGCACAUUUACAUCGACAGCGCCACACAAGCUCCUAGGCGGCUAACAGAAGAGACUGUGCGCGAGGAUACUACAGCAGUGCCUCUGGUGACCUACGACUUCAUGGAUCUCAACAUAGCCCCACAGGCGCCGGAGCUAUUUCUGCUUCCGGAGCCAUACAUCCCCCGCGAGGCAUGCGAUUUACACGUCGGAGGGUUCCCGUACCUGCACCUAUUCCAUCAUUACUUGAGAGUUUGA